AUGACGUGGAAGCGCUCAGCGGCAACAUUGUUGACACACUUUGCCCGGCAGACGUUGCCGAUCCAAGCUGCGGCGGUGCUCUCUUCGAUGCAAUGCAGUCGCGCAAAUGUGGACGCCUUCUUGUGGGAAUCCGUGGUGAGAGCCUUCGCCCGCGUCGAGUGGUGGCGUCGAGCUUUGGAGCUUCUGUCGACCAUGAGCUCUUCAUCUCCAGAGGGGGUCGGCCGCAAUGCUGCCCUCGCCGCCUGCGCGCGGGCGGCAGCUUGGGAGCACGCGCUGCGCCUGGCGGCUUCGGGCUGUCGGGGCACCAGCGCCACAGUACGAGGCUACAACAUGACCAUUUCCGCGGUGGGGAAGAUUUCCUGGCGCGCUGCGUUGGGCCUUUUCCUUUCCAUGCGCCAGCGCAGGCUGCCGCCAAAUAUUAUUUCAUAUAAUGCGGCAAGCAGCGCGUGUGUUCAAGGCGGGGCCUGGCAGAUCUCGCUGUGGCUCUUCUUCAACCUGGACGCCAACCUGGUCCCCAAUCAGGGCAGCUACAGCGUGGCGAUCAGCGCCGCCGGCUCCGCGCACCACUGGCAGCUGGCCGUCGCGUUAUUGGGAUCCCACGGGCCCAGCGCAAUCAGUGUGGGCGCCGCAAUGUCAGCAUGCGAAAGGGCACUUCAGUGGCAGUCUGCUCUUGAGAUAUUCCGCACUUGGGCCAGCGCUGACCGCGUGGUUUGCCUCGUGGCCAUCACUGCGUGCCAAAGAAGCGCCAGGUGGCAGGCAGCGCUGGGCCUCAUCAAGGAGGCCAGAGAGGGCAACCAGCUGGACGUGAGCUGCUUGAAUGCCGCCAUCAGCGCCUGCGCCCAGAGCGGCGAGUGGCAACAUGCCUUGGCGCUGAUGGCAAGCACGGACAGCCCAGACGGCAUCUCCUACAAUGCCACCCUCACGGCUCUGAGCAAAGGCGGUCUCUGGCGACCAGCUCUUCGACUGCUCCACGUCCGCCCGAGGCCGGAUGUGGUCUCCUUCAGCGCCGCCAUUGCCGCCUGCAGCCGCGAAGGUGAAUGGCAGCGGGUGGUGGACCUGCUGGGCCGCAUGCACGACCGCGCCCUCCGCCCCAGCGCCUGGACCUUCAACGGGCUCGCGGCCGCGUGCGCGAAGGCCGCGAAGUGGCAGGUGGCCUUGGGCCUCGCGGCUUUCGGCACCGACGCCACCAGUCGGAAGCUGAUCGCCGCGCUCCGUGAGAGGUCCGGCGAAAUCGGAUCACUCAGGUUGGCAUUCGAGACCAAGGAGCAGGAGGCGGGGGGCCCAUGGCUUCGGGCGAGGCUGGUGCUCUCUGAGCUCCGAGGCUCCGACCCGCCCAUGGGCGGGAAGGGCAACAUGGGCGGCAUGGGCAUGGGGGGCUGCGGGUGCGGUGGCUGCCCCGGCUGCGGUGGCUGUGGUGGCUGCAGCGGCUGCGGCUGCGGCGGUUGCGGCUGUGGCUGCGGCUGCGGCUGCGGCUGCGGCGGCUGUGCGUGUGGCGGCUGCGGCUGUGGAGGGUGCGGCAUGGGUGGCAUGCCUGGGGGCGGCAUGGGCACCGGCUGCACCGGCUGCAUGGGGAAGGGUUGUGGGAUGGCCGGCAGCAUGCCCAAUAUGGGCAUGGGCGGCAUGGCCAUGAUGGGCAUGAUGAUGGGUAUGCAAGCUGCCGUGCAGGCUGGUGGCGACUCAGUUGUCGAUGCAACUCCCACGAUCAAGUCUGAAGACAAGCAUGUAGAUCCUCGAGUCAAAGCGAUAUGCAAUGACUUUGGCAUCAGCGGUGACACUGUCAUGAGGCUGAAUGAUGCCAUGCGAGAACGCGAAGACUAUGAUGAGGAUUUACAGGCUCUCCACAAGCUUAUGGAGCGGGCCACCAAGGACGGCAAGAAGCCGCUCGAAGUGAUGCUUGCACAGAUCCGUGCCAUCCGCGCGAACCGGUUCCCAGGGAAGGAGCUCCUGGAGCCGGACAUCUGGGACUUCAUCGUGCGGUAUAAUUUGGACGACCGCGUGAUGAAUCGGCUCAUCGACACGCUGAACAAGCGGAAGGGCAAGGCCAAGGAGACCUUGCAGGCCUUGAAUGACCGUCUUGGAAAUGCACAGCAGCCAACUGGUCUCGGGCUUCUGGUCCGCCUAUUAGAGGGCCUGGACGAGACGGGCAGGCUACCUUCGCCACCUAGACGCCUGGGUGGAUCUGGUACUUUCCGACCCACGGGCACUUUCCUGCACCCGGCUGACCGGGCUCGUGAAGCCCGUGAACGAGGCGAACGAGGCGAACGGGGGGAAAGAGCUGAGAAAGGUGAACGCGAGCAGGAAAGAAGCAGCCGGCGAUCUGAGCGGCGAUCCCGUUCGCGGGGCCGCGACUCACAGCGCUCGCGCUCGCGGCGCCGAUGA